CAAACGCGAUUGUUUUUACCUCAGAGCCAAACUGCGCUGCUGCUCUCAUUGUUCGAUCGUCACGUCAUGGAAAGAGUUACUGCGUUUCUGCUUAAAGUAAAGAAAUACUUCACCAAAAUCUCUCCACUGGCCUGUUGAAUCACAUCUCGAAGGAAAUACUACGACUACACCGCGAUCUGAAGCGGAUCUGUGGAUUAUGAAGAUGCUUUAGAUGAACUUUUCUUCUUCUUUUGUUGGCGGAAUGCACUGGACGCGUUUAUUUCCCAUCCGAAAUGUUUUCAUCUGGAAUUUAGGUUAACCGGAAUUGCAAAACAGCUGUUUGUGUUUGUUUUUACCAUACUUUACACCAUGCAAGAUGGCUAAAACCAUCAGAUGGUUCUGAGGAAGCCCUGAACUGAAUGCGUUUGCCGGUGUCUCACAUCUGCUGGACGGGAUUUGUGGAUUUAUGGGUUUAUUUGUUUUUUUGCGGUUGAAGAUUCUGGUUUUGCGGAAUAAUGAAACGGCAUAAAUUAAGGCAAGUUUGGAGAAUAACAACAACCUGACAAGGGGAGUCCAACAUGUAACACUUUACUUACAAAUGUAGAAUAUUGGCUAUUAUAUUUUCAUAAUAUCUCAUUUGUAAAAGCAUCUCUAAAAACUCUACUAUAAGAUCACAUGUUAACAAACUACUAAUUUAGUUUAAAAGUGCUAUGAAUACAUUAUCAACCAGUGCUGUACUGUACCUCAAGUUUACUUUUAAGUCAUUUUUUCUUUGCUUUGAUCUAAUAUGAGGUAAAGGGGACUUAUUUUUGUGCACAUUUUUGCGGGCAAACGUUACAAAAAUGUCCCUGAGAGCCAAAGCCCUCUACACUUUCCAAAGCGAGAACAAGGAGGAGAUCAACAUCCAGGAGAAUGAGGAGCUGGUGAUUUUUGAUGAAAACUCAGUGGACGGCUGGCUGCAAGGUGAAAACAGCAGAGGAGAGCGAGGUCUGUUCCCGGCCUCAUAUGUCCACAUUAUCCGAAGCAGAUCUGGGUCCAACCUGACAGAUCAAUCCUUUAGCUCACCUGGAAGUUCUCCUGGAAAAGAUUUAUCAUAUAUCCACACACCCUCCACAACCCUGCCUAGCGACGAUGAUGAUGAUUGGGACGACUGGGAUGAAACUUCAACAGUCGUUGAAGAUGACGACCAUCGAAGAGGCGCCAAUGGACAUUCCCAAAACCAAUAUUCCAACCCAAACGUCCACUAUCGCAGCAAGCCUUACAUGGACCGCCAGGACAGCAUGUCCAGCAACAGAAAGGGUAGUAUGGUCGGCAGGAACUUGAAUCGAUUCUCCAGCUUCGUGCGUUCAGGUGUGGAAGCCUUCAUACUUGGCGACGUUCCCAUGAUGGCUAAAAUCGCAGAGUCUUACUCUAUUGAAAUGGGCCCGAGGGGCCCACAAUGGAUGGAUAACCCUCGUCCGUUCUCCUGUUCCAUUGAAGACCCAACAAAACAAACCAAAUUCAAAGGCAUUAAGACGUACAUCUCAUACCGUGUGACCCCUAGUCACACCGGACGGCCUGUAUACCGACGUUACAAGCACUUUGACUGGCUCUACAACAGACUACUACACAAAUUCACAGUCAUCUCCGUACCGCACCUUCCAGAAAAACAAGCCACAGGACGAUUCGAAGAAGACUUCAUCGAGAAGCGAAAGAGGAGGCUUAUUUUAUGGAUGGACCACAUGACUAGCCAUCCCGUGCUGUCUCAGUAUGAAGGUUUCGAACACUUUCUGAUGUGCGGAGAUGAUAAACAGUGGAAGCUCGGGAAGAGGAGAGCAGAGAAGGAUGAGAUGGUCGGCGCUCAUUUCAUGCUAACCUUCCAGAUCCCCAAUGAGCAUCAGGACCUUCAGGAUGUUGAGGAGCGCAUCGACUCCUUUAAAUCGUUCGCUAAAAAGAUGGAUGACAGCGUGAUGCAGCUUACAAAUGUCGCAUCGGAAUUAGUUCGCAAACACCUUGGAGGAUUCAGGAAGGAGUUUCAGAGGCUGGGAAAUGGGUUUCAGUCCAUUAGCCAAUCGUUCCUGUUGGAUCCCCCUUAUAGUUCGGACGCUCUGAGCAAUGCCAUCUCACACACAGGACGCACCUACGAGAACAUCGGGGAGAUGUUUGCAGAUCAACCCAAAAAUGACCUGUUUCAGAUGCUGGACAAACUGUCGCUGUACCAGGGCCUGCUGUCUAACUUUCCAGACAUCAUCCACCUGCAGAAAGGAGCUUUUGCAAAGGUGAAGGAGUCUCAACGUAUGAGCGACGAGGGGAAGAUGGAUCAAGGAGAAGCGGACGGCAUUCGCAAACGCUGCAGGACUGUGGGUUUCGCCCUGCAGGCCGAGAUGAACCACUUCCACCAGCGCAGAGAGGUGGAUUUUAAAGAGAUGAUGCAGGCGUAUCUGCGCCAACAGAUCGCCUUUUACCAGCGUGUAGGUCAGCAGUUAGAGAGAACCCUUCGCAUGUAUGAUAACCUCUAGAGCCCCGAGCACUGACCUCUGACCUGUGAUGGAGAUACGACACUCCUGUGGACGGAUUUACAGGAGCGUUUUACUGCAAAAGACAGGAGAAACUGGACAUUCUCGCUUCUGCACUAAAAAAAGUCACUUUUAAACACAGAAACCAAUGAUACAGUUGCUUUUGAUAAGCCUUUAUGUAUAUCCUCAUGUUCUGCGUUUUAUUUAAACGUCUCGAAGAUCAGUGACACACAUUUUUUUUUUCUUUUUAAUACUCAGAGUCAUGUGUGCGAAUGAAGUUACCUGUGUGUUUGCAGGUGCAGAUGCUAAAACGACUCCAAAAACGGUCAUGUGACGCAACUUGUUUGCACAAUAGUUUGCCAAAAGACAUGAUUAUCUCUUAAACAGUCACAUCUUGACAGCGUGUUUUAUCCAGGAGCAAUGCAAAAAGGUCUCAAAUGCUGUUAAAUGUUCUAUUUAUGUGGGAAGUGGCGAGUUGGUCCGCCCACUUUGAAAUCCCAUUGGUCGGAAAACCUGUUUAUGUGUGGUGCUGAGUUGCUCCGCCCACAUUGAAUUGGCAUUGGUCCAUAAAGUGAUUUAUGUGAUGUGCUGAGUUGCUCCGCCCACACUAAAAUCCCAUUGGUUGGAAAACCUGUAUAUAUGUGGUGCUGAGUUGCUCCGCCCACAUUGAUUUGGCAAUGGUCCAUAAAGUGGUUUACGUGAUGAUGAGUUGCUCCGCCCACUCUGAAAUCCCAUUGGUCGGAAAACCUGUUUAUGUGUGGUGCUGAGUUGCUCCGCCCACACUGAAUUGGCAUUGGUCCAUAAAGCGAUUUAUGUCAUGUGGUGAGUGGCUCCGUCUUCACUAAAAUCCCAUUGGUUGGAAAACCUGUAUAUAUGUGGUGCUGAGUUGCUCCGCCCACAAUGAUUUGGCAAUGGUCCAUAAAGUGGUUUACGUGAUGAUGAGUUGCUCCGCCCACUCUGAAAUCCUAUUGGUCGGAAAACCUGUUUAUGUGUGGUGCUGAGUUGCUCCGCCCACAUUGAAUUGGCAUUGGUCCAUAAAGCGAUUUAUGUGAUGUGCUGAGUUGCUCCGCCCACACUAAAAUCCCAUUGGUUGGAAAACCUGUAUAUAUGUGGUGCUGAGUUGCUCCGCCCACAUUGAUUUGGCAAUGGUCCAUAAAGUGGUUUACGUGAUGAUGAGUUGCUCCGCCCACUCUGAAAUCCCAUUGGUCUGAAAAAUUGUUUAUGUGUGGUGCUGAAUUGCUCCGCCCACAUUGAAUUAGCAAUGGUCAAUAAAGCAGUUCAUGUGAUGUUGAGUUGCUCCGCCCACACUGAAAUCCCAUUGGUGCUGGGCUUCCUCGCCCACACUGAAAGUCCAAUUUACAUGGAGUGCAGAGUUGUUUCUCCCACUCUGAAAUCCUAGUGGUUUCAAAAAAACCUGUUUGUGUGAUAUACUGGGUUGCUCCACCCACAUUGAAAUCCCAAAAGUCUGUUUACUUGAUGUGGUGAGUUGCUGCGCUCACAGAGAAAAGCCAUUGGUUAAAAAGCCUGCCAUGUGCUGAGUUGCUUCGUCCCCACACUGAAAUCCUAUUGGUUCAAAAGCCUGUUUACAAGUGGUGCUGAGUUGCUAUGCCAACAUUGAUACUCAAUCGGUCCAAAAGCAUGGUGUAAUGAAAUGCUCCGCCCCCACACUGCAAUCUCAUUGGUUCAAAAGUGUUUAUUUAAUGCACUGAACUGCUCCACCCACAAUGAAUUUCCACUGGCCCAAAAGCCCAUUUUUGCAUUUUGCUGAAUUACUCCUCCCACAAUAAAAUUUGAUUGGUCCAAAA